AAACGAAAGGGCCAAAACCGCUGGGAGAAAGGACAACAAAAAAAAAAGAUAUUUCCCCGGGCGUAUGUUAAGUUGUAAGACAAACGUUCUGGUGUAGCCUAAAUGCUUCUCAGAGAAACACCUGCUUCAGGUAUUUUUGGCUAAGUAAGGAUCAAAGGGCGUUGAACAUUCGCGGAGACUUCUUAAGGUUUGGCCCGGAGGCAUGUGCUCCAGUGGGCAUCGUCUUUGUUCGGGGGGCGAGAGAUCGUCCUCCAACCGCUCCGGUCGUCGUGGCAGCAAUUCAGGCUCCCAGUAUGCGCUAUGUGCUCUGGGGUUUGGCCUCGUCGCUCUGGGCAUUGUCAUGAUCGUGUGGACAGUGGUGCCUCUCGAUGCGGCCCAGAACAAUACGAGUACAAACCCCGUUCAGGAGGAGGAUAGUGCGAGGACUUCAUCUGUGGCGUUUGUGCUGGUGGGGGCUGGUGUGGCGAUGCUUCUGCUGGCACUAUGUCUUGGUUUGAGGAAUAAGAAUCGGUUGCGACGUAGAGAAACAGCUGGAGCACUAGGGACUCAGUAUUUGGACCGUGUACCGGGAGAAGAUGCGGGGCCUGCGGAGCCGGCCCCCAGUUAUGACGUGCCAAGCUAUGAGGAGGCAGUAGCCAGCGGUCAGUAUCCCAUUCGACAGAGCAAUCUGCGUCAAAGCACUUCCCAGUUACCUUCAUAUGAGGAUCUCAUUGCCGCAGUGGAGAAUGAGGGAGAAGGACCAAAUGCUGGUACUAGUCAGGAACCCCCAUCAACAACUCCCACGCCCGCCCCCGAGCCAAAGCCUGCACCACCUCCAGCUGCCACUGCUGCUGCUGCUGCUCCUGCCACCAACCAGCCCACUCGCAGCAGCAGCCGAGCCAGCCGGAUCCUCAAACCCCUACGGGUGCGCAGGAUCAAGUCAGAGAAGCUCCACCUCAAAGAUAUCCGCCUGAACAUCCCAAAUCCAAACCAGAGCGGUGUAGUGAACAUUGAGCCUCUCACCCCUCCACCACAGUAUGAGGACAAGAUCCCUGAGCUCUCAUAGCGCAGCCGACCCCAACCACAAAGGAUGGGAGAUAAAAGUCACCACGCAAGGAAGGAACAAAUGGUCACUGGAAGAACUCUACCGCAUUCUAACUGUGACUGUGUAGCCUUGCUCUUAUUGAUUGUGGUACGCCAGACACCAGGCUUAAGCACAACAAUGCCUGGUAGGGGAAACAUCCAGGGAAAAAAAAAGUUUCCAGCAGCUGUGUUGCUGAACCACAGCAUUUAUCCUUGAUACCUACAUCAAUUUUCUUCAUGCCAGGGAUCUUCUGGAAACCCUAAGCCUCAUCAGGCAUCACUUGUUCAAUCCAUGUUAUUGUACUGGUGCUGUUAGUUUUACAGUCUUUAAUUUCAGGGACUAAAGGGUUCAAAUUAUGUUUGUGAUGCAAUUAUAAUGACUCAUCAGACAUUUUGGCUGUAACACUAGUUUCCACAGGUUUUUCACUCUUUAACCUAAAAACUCUGUUUACUUCAUUUUCAUUGUCCUGGAAAGUUGAACUCAACAUCACACUGCCAUGCUUUCAUACAAA